UUUGAUUCGGAAUUAUUUUCUGAUAGCAUUCCUCCCUUCAAAAACCACUUUUAUUAGUACCUUUAUUGCGUAUAUUCAGUGUCUUUUUGUCACCAUAUUUCUUCUUCAAUUCCUUUAAUUAUUUCCUCUUUCUAGUUAUUUUAAUUUCUUCACAAUAAUUCUCAUCCUCACAGAAAUUGCUCUUUAAUUUCACCCAUGAAGAAACUUAUUCUGAUCAAACUGGAUUUACAAGAUGCCAGGGAAAAGAGAAAGGCCUUGAAGAUAGUUUCCGCUCUAUCAGGAAUCGAUGAGAUUUCGAUGGAUAUGAAAUGUAAGAAGUUAACCGUCAUUGGUACGGUUGAUCCGGUGAGUGUAGUGAGUAGACUACGCAAAUUUUGGUGGACAGAAAUACUCAUAGUAGGACCAGCUAAAGCUCCCGUGCAAGAGAAGAAAGAAGAAACCAAGAAAGAGGAGCCACCUAAAGAAGAACCAAAGAAAGAAGAGCCACCCAAAGAAGAAACAAAGAAAGAGGAACCACCCAAGGAGGGAGCAAAGAAAGAGGAACCUAAAAAAGAAGAGCCUAAAAAGGAAGAAGAAGAAGAAGAAGACGAUGACGAUGACUAUGACGAUGAUGAUGAAGAAGAAAUACAAGGACCCAAAAAGGAAGAAGUGAAGAAAGCACAACUACAACCACAAUCACAAUCACAACCACCACCACAACCACAACUACGUCAUCCUCAGCCACAAUCACUACCUUAUCCACAAGCGGCUUAUAGGCCAUAUUAUCCUCCUCCUAUGCACACAUAUUACCAAGUUCACCAUAGCAUAGAAGAGAAUCCUAAUGCAUGCACUAUCUGUUAAACUAGCUUGGGAAGGUAAUCUGAAUCGCUAUUGGUACAAUAUUAAUGACCAUAACGGGCUAAUUAAUCGGGGGGAAUAGAAAGAAAAAACAAAAAGUCACAUAUAUAUAUAAUUGAGUGUUGUUCUAGCCUUUAA